GCCGCUCUCCCCAUCCCGCGCCCUGCCUCGACGGGUGGGGACCGUAAUACAUAAUAACAACCAUCAUCUUCCCCAGGCGAAGGCAAUAAUACCCCCCGCGGGCGCGGGGUGGGCGCAGAGCUGCCAUGAGACGCGGCGCGGCCCGGACCCUGCUGCUCAACAUGUACCUGCCAGACCCAGUUGGGGAAACUUUGUUCAAAGAAGGCAAAAGCCAGGCGUGGGGAUCACUGGGACCGGGAGUCCAAAAAGGCAGUGGGCAGAUCCAGUUGUGGCAAUUUCUGCUGGAGCUGCUUUCUGAUCGUGCCAACCUCAACUGCAUCGCUUGGGAGGGCACCAAUGGGGAGUUCAAACUCCUGGAUCCCGACGAGGUGGCCCGGCGCUGGGGGGAGCGCAAGAGCAAGCCCAACAUGAACUAUGACAAGCUGAGCCGGGCCCUGCGCUACUACUAUGACAAGAACAUCAUGACCAAGGUCCACGGCAAACGCUACGCCUACAAGUUUGACUUCCAGGGCCUGGCCCAAGUCUGCCAGCCAGCAACACCCGACCAUACCCUCUACAAAUUCCAGGCACCCCUGCCCUUCUCUGGCAUUUCCAAACUCAACAUUAUGGCCUCGGGGGUGACUCCAACCAGCUUCUCCUAUUGGCCAGGCUCUACCCCCACUCUGUACCCCAGCCACGGCUUGCAGCCUUCAGCGCCCUUCAGUGCCAUGGCAACCUCCCAUAUCAACAACAUGAACAGCCACUACCACUAGGCCUCUCACCACUGCAGGGCAAGGGGGAGGGAUGGGGAGAGAAGGGACGGCCCUCAGAUUUCAUCCUAAGACACUUCCCAUUUUGACCAAGGAGGCAACUGUGUGCAGCAGGGAGGGACACUGUAUUAAGACGACAUCUUAAGAUGGGCUGGAUCUCAGCAAAGGUGUUGGAUGAUCUAGGGGGCAUUUUGGGGGGGGGUGAGCUCUCUCCCCAUUGAAUACAGGGCCCUUCAUUUUGUAGAGAACAUUUCAGCAAUGCCCCCAAUUUCUCUCUUUCUUUUUUCCAAACCCCUCUCCCACUAUUUUGAAAUGGCUUCAGAACGCUCUUGUAUGUUUUGAAGUCUGGUCAUGGACAGGACCAGCAAGGGCUCAGCCUAGCAACACACAUACAGUCACACAUCCUGAGAGGUUGAUGAUGGAGGUGAGAUAGACUUUCAGGUCAAAGCUAGGCAUCCUUGUGAGGUGGGGAAAUGCUCCUCCUCCUUUUAAAAUCCUGCUGGACACGAAGUCCACUCCCUUAGCUUCAGUGUCUUCAUCUUUCCUGGAUUAGAUACAUGGACAGGAAUCUCAUCCUGUCAGGAAUCCUGUACUGAACAGGAAUACAUUACAUAGCUGCCAUCAGAUUGAGCUGGCUGAUGAUGCCAAGUGAGGGCAGUUGAAAUGGGUGAAUGGACAUUUUCACAAGGAGUGCUUAAAGGGGGAGGGAUUUCUUUUCUUUUCUUAUUCUUUUGCUAUUGCCUGAAGUGCUGACAAAACCAAGUUUUGGCUCAGCCCUAUUCAAAAUGCAGUUCUGCAGAUACUUCCUUAACCCACAGGAAUUAAUAUUAAAGCAGGAGGACACAAAUAUUUGAAAAGAUGUGGCAUGGUGUUCCCCAAGCUCCAAGAAUUUAAAUGCAUCUGCCUGAGCCUGAGGUCUCUGAUCUCACAAACUAGUCUAGGCAUCAAACACCCCUCUAUGAGCCCCAGCCUAAUUCUCAGCCCAGCUGGGCUUCUUCUUUGCCCCCAAACCAAAUCCUUUAAUGCUAAACACACACACACACACACACACACACACACACACACACACACACACGAGUUGCUGCUUCCAUGUAGGCAGCACCAAAAUACAAGUGUGGUAAAAGUUGUCAAUGUAUAAAGUUUCAUUUUUUAAAAAUAGUGAGGCAAUAUAAUGGAAAUGGAAUAUUCAAUGAAAUUCAUUCUUUGCCCACUCUAAGUAACUAUCAAUAUCAUCAUCAUCAUUAUUAAAUGUAUUCAUAUCCCACCUUUCUCCCAAGUUGGGAUUCAAGGUGGCUUCCAACAUCUAAGAACAUCAUUAUAUAAUACAAGUAAUAUAAACUAGUUAAAAACUAUACUUAAAACACACUUAGAACCAGCAGUUAAGAUAGGGAACUACCAUGUAUAACAUCAGGAUCUGUUGUUUGAACACACUGUAGAGUUUGGGGGUGGAAGCUGUGGCCAAACACAUAUUUUUAUUUAUUUAUUACAUUUGUAUACCACCCUAUACCUGCAAAUCUCAGAGCGGUAUACAAAUUUAAUAAAUAAAUUUAUCAGUACAGCUAUGUCAUCUCACACCAUCUCGCAUCCAAACUACCCAAGAGAGACACUAAAUGGUUACCAUUAUCAACAGGGCACACAUGAAACUUAAAGAGGCUUGUGCUUUAAAAAGUCAAAGCUACAUUGGCCAGAAUGUCCAUUUGCAUUUACAAAUGCCUUUCCUCUGUUUUCCAUGUGGAAGAGAAAUCCACCAGAGGCUCAAAUAGUGACAUGAGCCUCAUAUGUUAUUGGCAUUUGGACCUCUGAACCCUAAAAGUCAUAUUGAUGACUCCUGUUCAACAUGGAAAUACACUUCAAAUGGCAUACAGAGAUUCUUUUAUUUCAAUAAGUUAUAUACCAUUUAAUUGCAUAAUUUCUAAGCAGUGUACAAGAGGGAUAUAAUGGACACCAGAAAACCUGCCGGAAAAACUGAGAUGGUAGCUAAAGUCAAGAAAAUAGCAAUUGUCCUGGAAAACAGACUGCUUCUGCCCCUUCCUUUGCUUUCAUGAUUUCAUCCCCUUUUGUCCCAUUCUCAGGUUGAUGGACAUCAUUUCAGGUUUCUGUGUUUGUGUGUGUGACAAUGUUCAAAGA